AUGAACCCAGCACUUAACCCAGACACUCCUCCUCCCCCUCCCCCGAAGCCCAGCAGCCACGAAGCCAGUCGUCGGGGCACCCCUCAAAUCAACCCAUCACACCCGGGAACACCGCACCUGCAAGAAGGUCACUAUGCUCAAGACCGAUUGAACAUGCAUCCGGGCAACAAGUACUCCUCUCCCGGGGUGCCUAACCCCGGCUCUCAAAAUGUUCUACCUAAGCCUCCCACAGUGGAAGAGGGCUGGCUCCCCAGCGGUGUGAAAGACAAAUCAACUGUAGAUCUACAAACCAUCCUCAAAGACCCUAACCUCAUCUCCGCGCUAUCCAGCCAUCACCCAUCUUACACGGCACAUCAAGAGAACCUACAAUCCCUCAUCAAAUACAACAAAGACCUCGCGAAUCGCCUUCUAGAGCUCCAGUCUCAUCUCACCGAGCUACGAUCCACUUCCGAAACCCUUCUCCUAACACAUCAGUCGCUCGAGGUCUCCUGGCGGAAGAAACAGUCGGAGAUGGACGCUGCGCUGGCUCCGUGGUCGCCCAAGGCUUUGUAUCAACGUCUUGCGGCUUCGAUAGCCGAGCAGGAAGCUGUGUGUCGGGCGGUUGAGGAGAGCUUCCUGGAGGAGGAACAUCAUGGACGGGCUACUGAGAAAGAGGUUGGGGAUUGGAUUCGACGGGUAAGAGCGGAAUCGGCCAAGUUGGCGGCGAGGAGAGAGGCCAAGGCUAGGUGGGAUGAGGGGAGAGUUGGUGGGUGGAGGUGA